GACUGGAGCAUGCAGCGAUCAAGCCAGGCAGGACCUGGUCUGGAUUGAGGUCCGAGGAUCUCGCGCAAGGCCGGUGAAGAAGGUUUGCUGUCAUGCCGCACACUCGUCAUUACUAGUGAGGGGCAAUUACUGUUUACUAGCAACUAGUGGGCAGGUCCUGCCCAUCAUCCCACUUUCUGUUCGCCUUCAUAUUUUUGCCCCUCCCCCCUCCCCCCUCUCUCCCUCCCUCUACCUCGUUGUUUUUUCUUGCCUUGUCUACUCUUGUAGUUUGGCUUCGCAUCAUCGCUGGCAUUAUGCGCAAUCACAUAUGCCAUCUGCCCAAUGGGCAGUCCUUCGUCGUUGCCCGCGUCUUCGGCGGCGCCACUUUCAAGUCCAACGAUGUGAACCCAGGCCAUUCCGUCGUCUUACCGGGCUGGAACAUUGUAUUAUCCACCCAACGCCAGGAGUCUAAAGUUGACGAUCGCGAUGACGACCGUGGUCGAGCCCGCGACACCCCGGAAGACGACCACCGGUUCACCUCGCCCACCCUGCGCGAUGACUCGCUUUAUAUCUCCUACAUCGUCGAUCCACCCAGCAGCGACUACAAACCUGUCAGCUCGCCCACUCGUCAAAUCGCCAUGAUGCUUUGGGUUACACUUUGGUGGUACUUCCACGAGCCCGAACCCGACUGCCACCUACGGACCGAUGCCUCCUCCAAGACCCCAGACUCUGGAAAACCUAAAGGCGACUGGCGUGUGUAUAUUAAGCGCGAAGGCUUUUUCAAGGGCCGCACACUUCUACAGAAGCUAGAACGGAUGGGUCUCAUAGCCUCAGAGGACUCCUCCGUCGGCGCAGAGCCCUACGACCCGCAGGCCUGGUCUAAUAUGUUCAUCAGCCGUCGCAGUUUCUGGCAGAUCGAUCCCCGCCUAUUCGUCUUCACGCUCAGUCCGCAGACCAUCCCGCAAGCCGUGUCCGGCUCACCUUUUGCGCAGCGCAUGGCCUCUCCUUCGCGCGAGAGCUUCUACCUCAAUAAUGCCGCCGGUCUAGAAACGGUACACUACAUGCCCAACGAGGGCCCCUUCGCUUCCACCAGCCAUCUUCCCACGUACUUCCCUCCGCCCCCAACCCAGUAUACCUUCACCAACGGUAUCCACCACCCUAUCCGCCCUAAACCACCACACCAAGGCGACGUCUUCUAUAUCCGCUACAUUCCUAGCGUCCAGAAAUACCUCUCUUUUCGGACCCCCUACCUCCCCCCCACCAUGAAAUCCAGCACGGCAUCUCUCCCAGCAGGCGGAUCAGGAAACCACACCCUCAACCUCUCGACCAGCAGCCUCGACCAGCCCCUGACAACGGGCCCCUCUGACCUGGAAAUCCUUCACAAAUGGAUGAACGACCCCCGCGUCAACGCAGCGUGGGGCGAAGCCGGUCCCAUCGAACACCAAGAAAACUUCCUCCGCACCAACCUCAACAGCAAACACAGUUUCCCGGUAAUCGGCUGCUGGGACGGCAAGCCCUUCGGAUACUUCGAACUAUACUGGGUGAAAGAGGACCGACUGGGCCCGUUGAUUGGUGGUGCGGACAAUUACGACCGGGGCAUCCACCUGUUGGUCGGAGAGCCUGAAUUCCGGGGUCCUGAAUAUGUGCCGGUCUGGCUGAGCGCGCUUGUCCAUUACUGCUGGUUGGCGGACUCGCGGACUCAGUCAGUGGUUCUGGAACCGCGGGUGGAUAACGCGAAGGUGAUCAACUACCUUCAACAAGGAGGGUUCUACAAGGAAGGAGAAGUCGCGUUUCCGCACAAGCAGUCAGCUUUGAUGAGAAUCCGGAGGGAUGCGUGGGAGUCGCCUGUCCUUUGAUUCCUUCCUCAAGGAGUUUUCUUCGCCCUGAUGGCCGGACUUUCUUCCUUUAUUCCUUCCCACUGUCUUCUUGCCUUCCCAGCGCCGAACCGAACCGAUUCGAUUUCUCGAACCAGAUACCCACACCCGUCUUCCUCCGCUAUAGAUCUUAUAGAUCUUGUGUCUUUCAGACGUGUGAGAGAGCGUUUUGUUUGCUAUGGGAACCCACGGGCUGCAGUGUCCUUCGGCGGGCCCAUAGCCAUAGAGAGUGUGGGUCCUGUGACUGCUCGGGCUCGGGCCCUGACGCGGGGGCGUUGUGCAGUCGAAGUUCUAAUGAUUGGGGAUGAAUGAUGGAUUUAAAGCUUGAAUGAUAUCACGAGAACAUGUCUUUCUGUUUCCAUGUCUACUUACCCAUCUACCUAUCUACCUAGUUAUAUGGAGAGAUACAUACAUACAUACACGCACUCCCAAUAGGCCGUGUGUCAUCUUAGUAACAAG